UAUAUGUUUGGUCAUUGCAUUUAUUCAGAAACGAGAACAGAGCAGAACAAACUCAUUUUUGGUUCGUAAUCGAUGGACUUUUAACAGUGAAACCUUUGUGAGCACUUCGAGCGCCUCGUAGUUUUAUCACUUUUUAUCACCUAAAUCAAACACGGCCUGGACCUGUAGCAUAAUUGAAACCGCUCCAACUGUAAUAACUUACAAAAUAGCUAAAGGCAAAGUUCACGCUGCCCCUCCUCCGCCCUUCUUACGCAACGCCACGGACCCACGCAUAAGAAACCUGCAGCGGCCCCGCAGCAGCAGCAGCUCACAGCCUCAGAGAGAGAUCCUGAACAUCAGGACCGAGGAGCUAUGGGGGGCUUAGCGCUGCUGGUGUGCAGUGUAAUGGGGGCGGCCCUGCUAAACCCAGCCGCAGCAAACCAAGGACCUGUUGUUCAGACUAAACUAGGGGCUCUAAAAGGUGAGUAUUUGACGGUUAAAGGGAAGGACACGGUCGUCCACAGCUACCUGGGUGUACCGUUUGCAAAGCCACCAUUGGGACCUUUGAGACUCGCCCCACCACAGCCUGCAGAAGCAUGGGCAGGAGUCCGAGACGCCACACAGCAGCCCUACAUGUGUUUACAAAAAAGAAAGUUUCUUUUGGAUAUUAUAAAGACAAUGUCUGUGAAUACUGAAAUUCCUGAGGUGUCAGAGGACUGUCUCUACCUAAAUAUUUACACACCCUCUAAACCAGAUGAAGAUGCCAAGUUACCUGUAUUGGUGUGGAUACAUGGUGGAGGAUUUGUCUUGGGCGCAGCCGCCAUGCAGGACGGAAGUGGUUUGGCAGCCUAUCAGAAUGUUGUUGUGGUGAUAAUCCAGUACAGGCUCGGAUUAACCGGAUUUUUCAGCACAGGGGAUGAACAUGCUCCAGGAAACUACGGUCUCUUGGACCAGUUGGCUGCACUUCGAUGGGUCCAGGAGAACAUCCAGAGCUUUGGAGGAGAUCCUGCAAAAGUCACCAUCUUUGGAGAGUCUGCAGGAGGAGUCAGUGUGUCUUUGCAGAUUCUGUCACCAAUGUCUGCUGGUCUUUUCCGCUAUGCCAUAGCCCAGAGUGGCACUGCUGCAAUGGAUGUACUCAUGACAAGUCACCCUUUACCAGCGGCUCAGCGUGUAGCUAAUGCUUCAGGCUGUGAUAUCUCCAGCAUUAAGAAGAUGGUUGAGUGUGUUAUGCAGUUGUCAGAGGAGGAGCUUGUAAAGAUUGCCCAAAAUGCAGAACUGGGUGUACAAAUAACGACGGAUGGACAAUUUCUUCCUAAACCUGCAGAAAAACUUCUUCAGAAUAAAGAGUUCAAAAAAGUGCCGUUAAUUACUGGUGUGACUGACGAUGAAGGUGGAUAUUCACUCCCUAAUUUCCUUGCUCCACCUGACUGGGUUGAUGGAAUGGAACGAGAGAAAGUCCUGUCACUGAUGGCUGCCAUUUUUCCUACCUUUGGAGACAAAUCAAUUCAUGAAGCUUUGCUGAAUGAGUAUGUGGGCACCACAAAUGAUCUGAUUAAAAUUCGAGAUGGUUUUAGAGAGAUGUAUGGAGACAUUAUGUUUAAUAUUCCUGCACGCAUAACAGCACAACACCACAAAGAUUCUGGCGCUCCAGUGUACUUGUAUGAGUUCCAGCAUACUUUCACUGAACUGAAGAAGAAGAGACCCAGCUUUACUGGGAGUGACCAUGCAGAUGAGCUUCAUUUUGUGUUUGGUAACUGCUUUGUAAAUGGACGCAUGAAAAUUCUUGGUCAGUUCACAGAGAAAGAGAAUGAACUGUGUAGAACCAUGAUGGCCUACUGGGGGAACUUUGCUCGCACUGGAUCUCCAAAUGGACCGGGUCUGACACCAUGGCCUGAGCAUGGAGCUGAUGCUGAGUAUCUGGCCAUUGGGCUGCAGCAGAAACCCGCCAAGAACCUGAAGGAAAAACACUAUACUUUCAUAACCGAGACUCUUCCACGCCUGAUAAGAGAGAAAAAGGAUGGACCUGUUGUUCAGACUAAACUAGGGGCUCUGAAAGGUGAGUAUUUGACGGCUAAAGGGAAGGACACGGUCGUCCACAGCUACAUGGGUGUACCUUUUGCAAAGCCUUUAAGACUCGCCCCACCACAGCCUGCAGAAGCAUGGGCAGGAGUGAGAGAAGCCACACAGCACCCCAACAUAUGCAUUCAAAAUAGACCACUUCUAAUAAACCUUUUUCAAGGUUUUUCCAACAUAAAAAUUCCAGAAGCGUCGGAGGACUGCCUCUAUCUUAACGUCUACACUCCUGCUAAACCUGGUGAAGAUGCUAAAUUACCUGUCAUGGUGUGGAUACAUGGUGGAGCGUUAACUAUAGGUGGAACCUUCAUGCAGGACGGAGGUGUUUUAUCAGCCUAUCAGAAUGUUGUUGUGGUUGUAAUCCAGUACAGGCUUGGGAUACUUGGAUUUUUCAGCACAGGGGAUGAACACUCUCCAGGAAACUAUGGUCUCCUGGAUCAGGUGGCUGCUCUUCAGUGGGUGCAGGAGAACAUCCACAGCUUUGGAGGAGAUCCUGGAUCCGUCACCAUCUUGGGAGAAUCUGCUGGAGGGUUCAGUGUGUCUCUGCAGAUUCUGUCGCCACUGUCUGCUGGUCUCUUCCGAUAUGCCAUAGCUGAAAGUGGGACUGCUACAAUGGAUUCAGUCUUGGCUGAUGAUCCUUUACCAACAGCUCAGCAUUUAGCCAAUCUCUCCAGCUGUGACAUCUCCAGCUCAAAGACAAUGGUUGAUUGUGUUAUGAAUAUGUCAGAGGAGGAGCUUCUGAGGAAUGCUGAAAAGGCGGAACUAAUUUCUGUCAAAGUGGCAGUAGAUGGACAGUUUCUCCCUAAACCUGUUUAUGAAAUUCUUCAGAAUCAGCAGUUCCACAAAGUGCCAUUUAUUACCGGUAUCAAUGAUGAUGAGGGGGGCUUUUCACUCUUACAUUUUCGUUUACGUCCAGGGUGGACUGAGGGGGUAGAUCGAGAGCAGGCACUAGCAGUAAUGCCUUUCAUGAAUCCUCAGCUCAGUGACAGACAGGUUCGUGAAGCAGUGCUGAAUGAGUAUGUGGGCAGCACGGAUGAUCCAAUCAAAGUCCGAGAUGGCGUUAGAGAGAUGUAUGGGGACCUCAUGUUCAAUAUUCCUGCACGCAAAACGGCGAAAUACCACAAAGAUUCUGGAGCUCCAGUGUACUUGUACGAGUUCCAGCAUACUUUGAGUUUGUUCAAGAAGAUGAGGCCCAGUUUUGUUGGGUGUGACCAUGGAGAUGAACUUACUUUUGUUUUUGGGACCUGCUUUACAAACAUCGAUCUUCCAGUUCAGUUCACAGAGGGAGAGAAUGAACUAUGUAGAACCUUAAUGUCAUACUGGGGGAACUUCGCUCGCACUGGAUCUCCAAAUGGACCAGGCCUAACACCAUGGCCUGAGCAUGGAGCUGAUGCUGAGUAUCUGGCCAUUGGACUGGAGCAGAAACCUGCCAAGAACCUGAAAGGAAAACACUAUACUUUUAUAACCGAGACCCUUCCACGCCUGAUAAUAGAGAAAAAGGAUGGACCUGUUGUUCAGACUAAACUAGGGGCUCUAAAAGGGGAGUAUUUGAUGGUUAAAGGGAAGGACACAGUCGUCCACAGCUACCUGGGUGUACCGUUUGCAAAGCCACCAUUGGGCCCUUUGAGACUCGCCCCACCACAGCCUGCAGAAGCCUGGGCAGGAGUCAGAGACGCCACACAGCAGCCCAACAUCUGCAUUCAGAGCAAACCUCUGCUUGUUCAACUUUUACAAAUGUUUGCUGUAAACAUGGACAUUCCUGAGAUCUCGGAGGACUGCCUAUACCUCAACGUUUACACACCUGCUAAACCUGGUGAAGAUACCAAAUUACCUGUCAUGGUGUGGAUCCAUGGUGGAGCAUUUACCAUAGGCUCAGCCUCCAUGCAGGACGGAAGUGUUUUAGCAGCCUAUCAGAAUGUUGUUGUGGUGGUAAUCCAGUACAGGCUUGGGGUACUCGGAUUUUUCAGCACAGGGGAUGAACACUCUCCAGGAAAUUAUGGUCUCCUGGACCAGGUGGCUGCACUUCAGUGGGUGCAGGAGAACAUUUACAGCUUUGGAGGAGAUCCUGGAAAAGUCACCAUCUUUGGAGAAUCUGCUGGAGGAGUCAGUGUGUCUCUACAGAUUCUGUCACCACUGUCUGCUGGUCUCUUCCACUCUGCUGUAGCACAGAGUGGCAGUUCGGCAGUAGAUGCAAUCUGGGCUUCCGACCCUUUACCAACAACUCAGCAUUUAGCUAAUAUAUCCGGAUGUGACAUCUCCAGCUCGAAGACGAUGGUGGAUUGUGUUAUGAAGUUGUCAAAGGAGGAGCUUUUGAGGAAUGCGGAAGCUGAGGGACUUGUCUCAGUCCAAGUAGCAAAAGAUGGACGAUUUCUUCCUAAAUCGAUAAAAGAACUUCUUCAAAACAAGCAGUUUCACAAGGUGCCACUUAUGACUGGUCUGACUGAUGAUGAGGGUGGCUUUGGACUUAUUGAUUUUCUUUUACCUCAGGGAGAGUGGAUGGAUGGAGUAGACCGAGAGCAAGUUAUGGCAUUUAUGCCUUUCUUUUGUACAUCCAAUGACAGAUCGGUUCACGAGGCACUGCUGAAUGAGUAUGUGGGUCCCAGAGAUGAUCGGAUUAAAAUCCGGGAUGCUUUAAGAGAGAUAUAUGGAGAUGUUAUAUUUAAUAUUCCAGUGCGCCGAAUGGCAAAACACCAGAAAGAUUCUGGAGCACCAGUGUACAUAUAUGAGUUCCAGCAUACUUUGACUGAUAUCAAGAAUAAAAGACCCAGCUUUGUUGGCACUGACCAUGGAGAUGAGCUUCAUUUUGUUUUUGGCUCCUGCUUUGCAAACGCACACAUUAAGAUACCAAGUCAGUUCACAGAGAAAGAGAAUGAACUGUGUAGAACCGUAAUGGCCUACUGGGGGAACUUUGCUCGCACUGGAUCACCAAAUGGACCGGGUCUGACACCAUGGCCUGAGCAUGGAGCUGAUGCUGAGUAUCUGGCCAUUGGACUGGAGCAGAAACCUGCCAAGAACCUGAAGGGAAAACACUAUACUUUCCUAACCGAGACUCUUCCACGCCUGAUAAGAGAGAAGAAAGAUGGACCUGUUGUUCAGACUAAACUAGGGGCUCUAAAAGGUGAGUAUUUCACGGCUAAAGGGAAGGACACGGUCAUCCACAGCUACCUGGGUGUUCCGUUUGCAAAGCCACCAUUGGGCCCUUUGAGACUCGUCCCACCACAGCCUGCAGAAGCAUGGGAAGGAGUCCGUGACGCCACACAGCAGCCCUACAUGUGUAUCCAGAACAGGCAGGCAACUGUGGAUCUCUUUGCCAAUUUUUCACUGAGUAUGGAGAUUCCUGACAUAUCGGAAGACUGCCUCUACCUCAACAUUUACACUCCAGCAAAACCAGCUCAAGAUAUCAAGCUUCCUGUCAUGGUUUGGAUUCAUGGUGGGGGGCUGAGUUUGGGCUCUGCAUCAGUCUAUGAUGGAUCAGUUUUAGCUGCAUACCAGGAUGUAGUUGUAGUACUGAUCCAGUACAGGUUGGGUCUGUUAGGAUUCUUUAGCACAGGGGAUGAAAACGCUCCAGGAAACUACGGCCUCCUGGACCAGGUGGCUGCACUUCAGUGGGUGCAGGAGAACAUCCACAGCUUUGGAGGAGAUCCUGGAUCUGUCACCAUCUUUGGCGAGUCUGCAGGAGGAGCCAGUGUGUCCUUUUUGCUCCUCUCUCCAUUGUCUGCUGGACUGUUCCAUCGUGCAAUUGCAGAGAGUGGUUGUGCUAUGAUGCCAGGUAUCAUGGUGGAUCCCUUUCCUGUAGCCCAGCAUGUGGCCAAUGUUUCUGGUUGUGACAUCAGCAGCACAAAGAAGAUUGCUGAGUGUGUAAAGCAGUUUCCAAUAGAGAAUAUCAAAAGACUUUCUGAAGAGCGUGCAAUGCUGCAUUUUGUAGUAACAGAAGAUAAAGCAUUUUUGCCCAAACCUGUGAAGGAGCUCCUUCAGAAUCAAGAGUUCCACAAAGUGCCACUCAUGACUGGUGUGAAUGAUGACGAGUUUGGAUGGGAGAUGCCCAGUAUAAUUAUUUCUCCAGAAUGGGCUAAAGAAAUGGACAGAGAGCAAGUUCUGUCAAUAAUGAGUUUCUUUGAUUCUAAUACAAAAACUCAGUUGAUCAAUGAACUGCUGGCAGACGAAUACCUGGGCUCAUCUGUUGAUCCGAUUAACAUUCGAGACAGUUUCAGAGAGAUGAUGGCUGAUAUAAUCUUUAACAUUCCUGCUCUCUCACUAGCAAAAUUCCAUAAAGCUGCUGGUGCGCCGGUGUACUUCUAUGAGUUUCAGCAUCCUCCCAGCAUGUUCCAGGUAAAAAGACCCAGCUUUGUUGGGGCUGAUCACGGAGAUGAACUUGCCUUUGUUUUUGGCUUGUGCUUUGGCAAUGCCCAUGUCAUAGCGACUGGCUCUUUCACGGAGAAAGAGAAUGAACUGUGUAGAACUGUGAUGGACUACUGGGGGAACUUUGCUCGCACUGGUUCCCCAAAUGGACCCGGUCUGACACCAUGGCCUGAGCAUGGAGCUGAUGCUGAGUAUCUGGCCAUUGGCCUGGAGCAGAAACCUGGCAAGAACCUGAAGGAAAAAUCCUAUACUUUCAUAACCGAGACUCUUCCACGCCUGAUAAGAGAGAAGAAAGAUGGACCUGUUGUUCAGACUAAACUAGGGGUUCUAAAAGGUGAGUAUUUGACGGUUAAAGGGAAGGAAACGGUCGUCCACAGCUACCUGGGUGUUCCGUUUGCAAAGCCACCAUUGGGCCCUUUGAGACUCGCCCCACCACAGCCUGCAGAAGCAUGGGAAGGAGUCCGGGAUGCCACACAGCAGCCCUACAUGUGUAUCCAGAACAGGCAGGCAACUGUGGAAAUAUUUGGCAAUUUUUCACUGGGUAUGGAGAUUCCUGACAUAUCAGAAGACUGCCUCUACCUCAACAUUUACACUCCAGCAAAACCAGCUCAAGAUAUCAAGCUUCCUGUCAUGGUUUGGAUUCAUGGUGGAGGGCUGAAUAUGGGCUUUGCAUCAACCAGUGAUGGAUCAAUUUUAGCUGCAUACCAGAAUGUAGUUGUAGUAGUGAUCCAGUACAGGUUGAGUCUGUUAGGAUUCUUCAGCACAGGGGAUGAACACGCUCCAGGAAACUACGGCCUCCUGGACCAGGUGGCUGCACUUCAGUGGGUGCAGGAGAACAUCCACAGCUUUGGAGGAGAUCCUGGAUCCGUCACCAUCUUUGGCGAGUCUGCAGGAGGAGCCAGUGUGUCCUUUUUGCUCCUCUCUCCAUUGUCUGCUGGACUGUUCCAUCGUGCAAUUGCAGAGAGUGGCUGUGCUACAAUGGGAGGUAUGAUAGCGGAUCCCUUUCCUGUAGCCCAGCAUGUGGCCAAUGUUUCUGGUUGUGACAUCAGCAGCACAAAGAAGAUUGCUGAGUGUGUAAAGCAGUUGCCAAUAGAGGAUAUCAAAAGACUUACUGAAGAGAGUGCAAUGCUGCAGUUUGUAGUAACAGAAGAUAAAGCAUUUUUGCCCAAACCUGUGAAGGAGCUCCUUCAGAAUCAAGAGUUCCACAAAGUGCCACUAAUGAUUGGUGUGAAUGAUGACGAAUUUGGAUGGGUGAUGCCCAGUAUAUUUCUUACUCCAGAAUGGGCUAAAGGAAUGGAUAGAGAACAAGUUCUGUCAGUAAUGAAUGUCUUCGAUUCCAAUAAAAGACCUCGGUGGAUCAAUGAACUGCUGGCAGACGAAUACCUGGGCUCAUCUGUUGAUCCGAUUAAAAUUCGAGACAGUUACAGAGAGAUGAUGGCUGAUAUAAUCUUUAACAUUCCUGCACUCUCACUAGCAAAAUUCCAUAAAGCAGCUGGAGCGCCAGUGUACUUCUAUGAGUUCCAGCAUCCUCCCAGCAUGUUCCAGGUAAAAAGACCCAGCUUUGUUGGGACUGAUCACGGAGACGAAGUUUACUAUGUUUUUGGCUUGUGCUUUUGCUUUGACACUUUCACGGAGAAAGAGAAUGAACUGUGUGGGACUGUAAUGGAGUACUGGGGGAACUUUGCUCGCACUGGUUCACCAAAUGGACCAGGUCUGACACCAUGGCCUGAGCAUGGAGCUGAUGCUGAGUAUCUGGCCAUUGGGCUGCAGCAGAAACCUGGCAAGAACCUGAAGGAAAAACACUAUACUUUCAUGACCGAGACUCUUCCACGCCUGAUAAGAGAGAAAAAGGAUGGACCUGUUAUUCAGACUAAACUAGGGGCUCUAAAAGGGGAGUAUUUGACGGUUAAAGGGAAGGACACGGUCAUCCACAGCUACCUGGGAGUUCCGUUUGCAAAGCCACCAUUGGGCCCUUUGAGACUCGCCCCACCACAGCCUGCAGAAGCCUGGGAAGGAGUCCGAGACGCCACACAGCAGCCCAACAUGUGUAUCCAGAAAUGGAAAGCAAAUGCAAACCUCUUUGCCAAUUUUUUACGGAGUGUGGAGGUUCCUGACAUAUCGGAAGACUGCCUCUACCUCAACAUUUACACUCCAGCAAAACCAGCUCAAGAUAUCAAGCUUCCUGUCAUGGUUUGGAUUCAUGGUGGGGGUUUUAAUGCGGGCUCUGCAUCAAUCUUUGAUGGAUCAAUUUUAGCUGCAUACCAGGAUGUAGUUGUAGUAGUGAUCCAGUACAGGUUGGGUCUGUUAGGAUUCUUCAGCACAGGGGAUGAACACGCCCCAGGAAACUACGGCCUCCUGGACCAGGUGGCUGCACUUCAGUGGGUGCAGGAGAACAUCCACAGCUUUGGAGGAGAUCCUGGAUCUGUCACCAUCUUUGGCGAGUCUGCAGGAGGAAUCAGUGUGUCCCUUUUGCUUCUCUCUCCGUUGUCUGCUGGACUUUUUCAUCGUGGAAUUGCAGAGAGUGGCUGUGCUGUAAUUGCAGGUAUUGUGGAGGAUCCCGUUCCAUCAGCCCAGCAUGUGGCCAAAGUGUCAGGUUGUGACAUGAGCAGCACAAAGAAGAUUGCUGAGUGUGUAAAGCAGUUGCCAAUAGAGGAUAUCAGAAGACUUACUGAAGGGGGUGUGAAGCUGAAGUUUGUAGUAACAGAAGAUAAAGCAUUCUUGCCCAAACCUGUGAACGAGCUCCUUCAGAAUCAAGACUUCCACAAACUGCCACUCAUGAUUGGUGUGAAUAAUGACGAGUUUGGCUGGCUGAUACCCAAUGCAAUUAUGUCUCCAGAAUGGGCUAAAGGGGUGGACAGAGAGCAAGUUCUUUCAAUAAUGAGUGCCUAUGUUCCUAAUAAAAACCCUCAGUGGAUCAAACUGCUGGCAGACGAAUACCUGGGCUCAUCUGUUGAUCCGAUUAAAAUUCGAGACUGUUUCAGAGAAUUAAUGGCUGAUAUAUUGUUUUACAUUCCUGUUCUCUCACUUGCAAAAUUCCACAAAGCAGCUGGAGCGCCGGUGUACUUCUAUGAGUUCCAGCAGCCUCUCAGCAUGUUCCAGGUAAAGAGACCCAGCUAUGUUGGGGCUGAUCACGGAGACGAAAUUGCCUUUGUUUUUGGCUUGUGCUUUGGCAAUGGCCACGUUACAAGGACUGGCUCAGUCACAGAAAAAGAUAAUGAACUGUGUAGAACUGUGAUGAACUACUGGGGGAACUUUGCUCGUACUGGUUCACCAAAUGGACCAGGUCUGACACCAUGGCCUGAAUAUGGAUCUGAUGUUGAGUAUCUGGGCAUUGGGCUGGAGCAGAAGCCUGGCAAGAACCUGAAGGCAGAGCAUUACAUCUUCAUGACCGAGAAACUUCCAGAGCUGGUGCGUUCAGCUCAGGAGAAGGAGCACAGUGAGCUGUAGAAAAAGCUAAAGCUUCAGAAUUUAGUUAAAAACUUAAUGUCAAUGUUUCAAAAUGAACAAAUCUAAAAAGAACAUCUAAAUAUUUUAUAAAAAAAAUAGUCUGGGUGUGUUUCAUUCUUAGUAGUA